GGGUUUUGUUGUAAAAACCUGGCAACCCUGCGCUCAGAGUCCACUAGUCUCGUCUCCCGUCGGGACUGUACUUAACCACUGCUGUUUAGUGCAGAUUAUCCGGUCAAAUAACUGUCCCCGAGGGACCGGGACCGGUUAGCUCGGCAACGGAGCAGGUUUAGUCUCUCUCGGUGUUGGAGCGGUUUCCUAAAAGUUCCUCGUAAAUGUAAGUCGAACAGCAGACGUCGCGAAGUAAACGGAGAUCUGGAGAGUUAACGUUAGCGUCUUAAAGUAGCGUAAGACUUCGGACGGAGCUCGGAAAACAUCAACAACAAACCAAGAGAAAUGGAGCUGGAGGACGACGUCCUUUACCAGGAGGACCCGGGCUCUUCGGCGAUGAUGUCCGAGCGGGUGUCCGGCUUGGCGAGCUCCAUCUACCGCGAGUUCGAGCGGAUGAUCGGCAGAUACGACGAGGACGUGGUGAAGGAGCUCAUGCCGCUGGUCGUGGCGGUUCUGGAGAACCUGGACUCGGUGUUCGCGGAGAACCAGGAGCAGGAGGUGGAGCUGGAGCUGCUGAAGGAGGACAACGAGCAGCUCGUCACCCAGUACGAGCGGGAGAAAGCGCUGAGGAAGAGCAAAGAGGAGAGAUAUAUUGAGUAUGAGGACUCUCAAGAGCAGGAUAAGAAAGAUCUUCAGAACCGUGUGCAGAUGCUGGAGGCUCAAACCAGACAGAUGGAGCUCAAGACCAAGAACUACGCAGACCAGACAGCCAUGAGUCCGGGAUGCAUGCUGCUGUUUGUCUUUGGCUUCGUGGGGGGAGCGGUGGUCAUCAACUCUGCCGUGCUGGUCUCUCUCUCCGUUCUGCUGCUGGUGCAUUAUUCCGUCUCUAACGGCCUGCCCGCCAUCACACACUCCCUGCCCCGCAUCAGCAGUCAGCAGGUUCAGGCUCUCAAUGCAGCUCUGUGGCAACCCACAACAGGAGGAGAGACAAUCAGAGAAGACAAAAGAAAAGUCCCAUCAAUCAAACGCUCCUCGGCUCUCCUAGAGGAGCUAGUGCUGUUUGCUAAGGCACAUACUUCUCGCACCCAAAACUUUGUAUUGCAGGCGGAAACAUCCAGAAGGAAGGAGCGCCCCGUCUCUCUGGGUAUCUUUUCAUUGCCGGGAAGUGAUGUGAUGAGCCCCGAUCUGCACAGGGAAGCUGUGGAGACUCCAGGAACGGACACAUGGAGAUAUAACAAUCUCAGCCACCCUCGCUCCAACACCAGCCUCAAGCUGGAGGCGAAUGAAUCCCUCUGGAGAGGGGAUGGUAAGAGUUCACAGGAGAAUUUGGAGACCCAGUGGAGCGACUCCAGUAAGGUAGUCCCGUCUGCUAGUCCUGCUAUAAUCUCCACAGCAGCCGCAGCGCAGCGCAUGCGAAGUUUAUCGCUCAUGCCGCCGGUAAUGCUUCAUGCCACCUGGGGUUGUUUUCAGGAUGAGCUUUCUGGUGCGUCGGUGGACACGCCGCAGACGGAGGCAGCCGAGGGUUUGAGCAGAAACCUGGACUCCAGCAGAGCUAAACCAGACAGCAGGAAGAACAUCGCUGUGGCAUCAGAGACGCCGUCUACAGACGAGUUCUCUGGUGUGUAUGUUAACACUGCUCUUUAUUUUGUUCACCGUAUCCUCACUAGGUGCUACGCGACAAGUUUCCAGCAACAAAGAUCUGUGCAUGAUUUAUAUUGUUGUCAUGCAGGUAUGGGUCGUGAAGUCGAACACCUGAUACAUGAGAACACGCAGCUGCUGGAGACAAAGAACGCUCUGAAUGUGGUGAAGAACGACCUGAUCGCUCGUGUGGAUGAGCUGGUGUGUGAGAAGGACGUUCUUCAGGGUGAGCUGGAGGUCCUGAAACAGGCCAAAGACAGACUGGAGGAGAGGAACAAAGAGCUGGAGGAGGAGCUCAAGAAAGUCCGAGCUGAGCUGGAGGAAGCCAAACUGAAGACUAAAGAGGACGAUGAUAGCGGCGUGCCGACGGCCCAGCGCAAGCGCUUCACGCGGGUGGAGAUGGCCCGAGUCCUGAUGGAGAGAAACCAGUAUAAAGAGAGGCUGAUGGAGCUGCAGGAGGCCGUCAGGUGGACGGAGAUGAUACGGUCAGCCACACCAAUCUCACACAUGCUCAAACCAUCACGAGUAUCACGAGUUUUGAUCGCAUCUUUCAGCAGGCUCUUCAGCUCUUCGUCCAGCACCACAGCCCAAAAACCAGACGUAGCGGUUAACAUGAAGUACAACGCACCCAGCUCACACAUCGUCCCCUCGGUGAAGAAGAGGAGCAGCAUGCUCGCUCAGCUGCCUAGUGACAAAUCCAGAGCCUUUGACUUCCUCAAUGAGGAAGUCGGUUUGCCGUUCCUCACAAACUCCAUCUCUGCAACCGUGCAGCUUCCCAAAUGUGUUGCAAAUGGUGGACAAGCGGAUAGUAAAAUAAAAAAUCUGCCAGUGCCCGUCUACCUGCGACCGUUAGACGAGAAAGAUGCUUCCAUGAAGCUGUGGUGCACUGCAGGAGUCAAUCUGUCCGGUGGAAAGACACGAGACGGAGGCUCCAUCGUGGGAGCGAGUGUGUUUUAUAAAGAUGUGUCUGGAGGAGAGAGCGGCCUCAGGAAGAAGAGAGGAUCUCGGAGCAGUCUGGAGCGACUGGAGCAGGAACUCAAGGUCAGGAGCUCCAAAAUAUCACAUGCAUCUCGUGAAGAAGGACUUGGUUUUCUGCAGGCAACACCAUUGGCUUUUCAUGCAGUUGUGGAAAGCAAACAUCCAAAAUACACUUCAGUUUUCAAUUACAAUCUUUCUGAAAAAGUGGUUUUCUGCACUUCAGCAGCACUUAUAUACAGACUUUACAGAUUCAUUUCUAUCUGUAUUCUGAAGGCUUUUACACCGGGGUUUGUUCAUGAUGAUCUCUCCAGUCUGGUGUGGAUCUGCACCACCACACACACCUCCUCUAAAGUCAUCGUCAUCGACGCUAACCAGCCCGGAAACAUCCUGGAGAGCUUCUUCGUCUGUAACUCUCACGUGCUGUGCAUCGCCAGCGUUCCCGGCGCUCGUGAAACAGACUAUCCCUCCGGAGAGGAGCUGAGCGCAGACGCUGAGGCCGAAGGGGCUUCUGAAGUCAGCUCCACAGGCUCUGACGGAGGUCUGGAUGGCAUCACUGUCAUGGGCUGCUCUGCAGAAGGACUCGUGGCCAUCCCUCAAACCGUCUGCACCAACUCCAUAGAGUCCUCAGACACCGACGAGGUAGCAGCAGCAGAAGAAGCUCUGGAGGCCACGGAGAGCCACAGCAACACGCCUGCGGAUGAGAGUCGGCCCGGGAUCUACACCGAACACGUGUUCGCCGACACGCCAUCCAGCUACACGCAGAGGGAGUGUGAUCUGGUGAAGGACGGCGUCAGCUCGAUGCCCGAGGAGCAGGAUCUCGUGAGAGAUGAAGCCUGCAAGAUGAGCAGCGUUCUGCCUACAAUGUGGCUCGGGGCUCAGAACGGCUGUGUAUACGUGCAUUCAUCGGUCGCGCAGUGGAGGAAGUGCCUUCACUCCAUCAAGUUAAAGGAUUCUGUUCUGGGGAUUGUUCAUGUGAAAGGACGUGUUCUGGUAGCUUUGGCUGAUGGCACGCUUGCAAUCUUCCACAGAGCUGUUGAUGGCCAGUGGGAUCUGACCAACUUCCACCUGUUAGAUCUGAGCCGUCCGCACCACUCCAUCCGCUGCAUGACUGUAGUGCAUGACAAGGUCUGGUGUGGAUACAGGAACAAGAUCUUUGUGGUGCAACCCAAAGCCAUGAAGAUCGAGAAAUCCUUCGACGCUCAUCCGCGUAAGGAGAGUCAGGUGAGGCAGCUGGCGUGGGAUGGAGAUGGGAUCUGGGUGUCGAUUCGUCUGGACUCCACCCUCAGACUGUUCCACGCUCACACACACCAGCACCUUCAGGACAUCGACAUCGAGCCGUACGUCAGCAAGAUGCUGGGCACCGGUAAGCUGGGCUUCUCUUUCGUGCGGAUCACCGCUCUGAUGGUUUCAUGCAGCCGUCUGUGGGUGGGAACCGGGAACGGCGUCAUCAUCUCCAUCCCUCUCUCUGAGAAAAGUAAAGAUACAGCGGCGGCGGGGUCCAAUCGUCCAGGCGGUGCGAUCCGCGUCUACGGUGAUGAGAGCGGUGAUAAAGUCACGGCGGGAACCUCUGUGCCCUUCUGCUCCAUGGCUCACGCCCAGCUGUGCUUCCACGGACACAGAGACGCCGUCAAGUUCUUCGCCGCAGUCCCAGGGCAGGUGAUUGCAUCUGCGGGGUCAGGGGUCGAGGCGUCCGAUUCGCCGGAGCUGGUGAAGUCUGUGCUGGUCGUGAGCGGAGGAGAGGGUUACAUUGACUUCAGGAUGGGAGAUGAAGGAGGAGACACAGAAAACAUCAACGAACCCACUCUCAACCUGCAGCCCUUGCUGGCCAAAGCUGAACGCAGUCACCUCAUCGUGUGGCAGGUCAUGACCGGCGAGGAGUGACGUCGCUCCAGACGCGCUUUGGACCUUUUUCAGACGCUUCUGCUUUAUUUAAGACAUUUCAAGCACUGGCUUAUAGCAUUUCUACCAUGCAAAUCACCAAAGAAUGACGUAUUCAGACUGUUAGUUUGCGCUUUCACUAUGAAUUGCGCUUUUGCUCUUCAUCUUUGGCAAGUGUUUCAUUCACGCAGAUUGCAAAUAAUGGACGGUCCGUAUUUUUUGGGUGAAAGCACAACGGGAUGAUGCACAGUGCACUACAUCUUAGCUAGAAGAGCUUUUGUGUUGGACGUUUUUGCUGAUAAGCGCUUUUUCAAUCCUUAAAUCAUCCACUUUUUUCUUAUGAAUGUCGCACGGUUACCAAAGGAUAGAGAAAUCAUUUAAUAGCUUCAUUGAUGGAUUCUAGAUCACUUUGUGUCUCGCAGAUCCACGUCACGUUUUGCUCGUUCGCCUAUUUUUUAACACUCUUGCAGUUUUCGCAGGAAAGUAGUGCGUAGAGACAAACGCGUGUUUUUAUCACUCUUUUGUACACGUCUUUUAGACUCUAAUGUAGAGCAUCUAGAGCUGCUUCGUUUGCAGGAGAGCAGAAACAACCUCCUGUCGCAAACUAAACUUUGCAGUAUUUAUUUCUAUGAACAAGCCUUUGCAGUUCAGAAUGUAACUUUGUACAUUGAAUAUAAAUAUAUACAAAAUACAGAUAUGUAUAUGAAAUGUAUGACUGCUUGGAUUUGAGUUUUUUUGAUAAUGUAAAUCAGGUUGAUUGAUUGAUUGAUUGAUUGAUUGUGGGCGGAUCAAAAUAACGGACUACAGAAAUGUAAAAAAAUCACUGAGCUAUGCACUAUUUUUAAAGGACAGUGUGUGUGUGAGUGUGUGUGUGUGUGUGUUUAGAUGAGUGUGUUAUGCACUAUUUUUAAAGGACAGUGUGUGUGUGAGUGUGUGUGUGUGUGUGUUUAGAUGAGUGUGUUAUGCACUAUUUUUAAAGGACAGUGUGUGUGUGAGUGUGUGUGUGUGUGUGUUUAGAUGAGUGUGUUAUGCACUAUUUUUAAAGGACAGUGUGUGUGUGAGUGUGUGUGUGUGUGUGUUUAGAUGAGUGUGUUAUGCACUAUUUUUAAAGGACAGUGUGUGUGUGAGUGUGUGUGUGUGUGUGUUUAGAUGAGUGUGUUAUGCACUAUUUUUAAAGGACAGUGUGUGUGUGAGUGUGUGUGUGUGUGUGUUUAGAUGAGUGUGUUAUGCACUAUUUUUAAAGGACAGUGUGUGUGUGAGUGUGUGAGUGUGUGUCUGUGUUGUGUUUAGAUGAGUGUGUUAUGCACUAUUUUUAAAGGACAG